CACAUCUCCGCAUCACCACGUCCAUCUCUCCAAUACAAGUAUUCUCCACAACUCUACCGACCAUACCAACCACUGUUGAUAAUCCUCUUUCAAAUGGACGACACAAUUGAUGACGACUUCAUCCUAAUCGACCAUCCCUGUCGCCCUCCCACAACCUCCAUUACCUCUACACCACCGUCCUAUCUCCCCACCAUAUCCACCCACAUCAACACCCUAAGCCCAAAACUCCGCGACAUCAGUCUAGCCAUCCACGAUAAUCCGGAAUUGAAUUAUGAAGAGUUCAAAGCUUAUGCGUUGUUGGUGGGGUUCUUUAAGGGGUUGGACGGGUGGAAAGUAGAGGAGAAGGCUUGUGGGAUUGAGACGGCUUUUAUUGCUGUUUUUGAUAAUACAGGAGGGAAGGGUAAGGGUGGGAGAAAAAGGGUUGUGAGUUUUAAUGCAGAGUAUGAUGCUCUACCUGGAAUCGGACAUGCUUGCGGUCACAAUCUCAUCGCCAUUGCUUCGAUAUCCGCUGCCCUGGCCUCGAAACAUGUCAUGGAGAAGUUCGAUAUCACUGGAAAAGUGGUGCUGUUCGGUACACCUGCUGAAGAAGGCGGCGGCGGCAAAAUCGCACUCCUAAACGCCGGAGCCUAUGCAAAACACAACGUCGACAUAUCCCUAAUCUCCCACCCCGGCAUCACCCCCGACGCCUCCCUCGUCCGCACAUCAGCCUUCCAAGCCUUCCGCAUCGAAUACUUCGGCCGCGAAGCCCACGCAGCAGCCGCACCCUGGGAAGGCAUCAACGCCCUAGACGCCUUGAUCACAGCAUACACCUCCAUUUCCGUGCUCCGCCAACAAACCCAAUCCGGAGAUAUAAUCCAAGGAUGUAUUACACAAGGAGGUGUGAAACCUAAUAUCAUCCACGCAUACGCCAGUGGGGAUUUUGUAGUAAGGUCGACGACGAAGCAGAGGCUAGAAGCAUUGAAGAAACGAGUGGAUAAAUGUUUCGAAGGUGCUGCUGUGGCUACUGGGGCGAAGUUGAAAAUGACAUUGCAGUCGAGAUAUUUGGAUCAUGUGCCUAAUGUACCUUUGGGACGAGGGUAUGCGAAGCAUUUUACUGCUUUGGGAGGGAAGUUGCAAGCGCCGGAGAUGGAGUUGUUGACGGGUUCUACGCAGGCGAGUACGGAUCAGGGGGAUAUUAGUCAUGCUAUGCCGUCCAUCAGUGCUGGAUUUAGGAUUGAGAGUGUGGCUGAGGAUGGAGGACGAGGAGGAGGGCCGCACACGCCCGAUUUUACCAGGGCAAGUAGGACGGAAAAGGCACAUGAGAAGGCUUUGAUGGUUGGCAAGGCAUUAGCUGCUACUGCUGUUGAUGUAUUGACUGUGGAGGGUUAUCUUGAGGAGAUCAAGAAGGAGUUCAAGCGUGGUCGAGAGCAAAUAGCGGAAGUGAAGUAAGUCGACAAUCAAAAAGGCAAGGUUUGACCAGCAAA